AUGCUCCGCAACGUCCUCUCCGCGCUCGUCCCCAACUGCCCCGGCCUGCUCCACGUCUGCCUCCAGACCGGCCGCAAGCACUACGUCGACCCGUUCGAGCCCCUCACCCACGUGCCCCUCGCGCUCCGCCCCUACUCCGAGGACCUCCCGCGCCUCGACUACCCCGACCUGGAGGACGUCCUCCUCGACGGGCUCGCCAGCAACAACCGCGUCACCUGGUCCGUGCACCGCCCCACCACCAUCUUCGGCUUCUCCCCGCGGAGCGCAAGAAACGUCCUCGCCAGUCUCUGCGUCUACGCUGCCAUCUGCGGCAAGGAGGGCCUCGUGCUGCGCUGGCCAGGAUCCCGCGUCGCCUGGGAGGGCUUCAGCGACGCCUCCGACGCGGAGCUCGUCGCCGAGCACGCACUCUGGGCGGCCAUGGAGCCCAGUGGCAAGAACGAACCCUUCAACUGCAGCAACGGGGACCUCUUCAAGUGGCAGCAGCUAUGGCCGAUCCUCGCCAACCAGUUCGGUGUGGCGUGGACGGGAUACGAGGGGGAGGACCAGCGCUUCAUGCUGGAGGAGGCCAUGGCCGGGAAGGAGGGCGUGUGGGCGGAGAUCGUCAACGACAACGGGCUCGUGGAGACCGAGCUCAACGACAUCACCAACUGGUUCUGCGUCGACGCCAUGGUCAACGUGGAGCGGGAGAACAUCGACACCAUGAACAAGAGCAAGGAGUAUGGAUUCUUCGGGUUCCGGAACACGGUGAGGUCCUUCAAUACCUGGAUCAACAAGAUGAAGGUUGACAAGAUUGUCCCCUGA